GUGCGGAGUCUCCAUCUUGAACUCAUGUCUUGGAGCCCCAGUCAAACUCACCCGCAAAGUUUACACGACCGGCCAGGUGAGCUGUUCGCUACGUGCGCAGGGACGUUGACGCAACGGCGAUCCCUGCGGAUCACCCUUCAACAGGAUCCAGCAACAAUUCGCCUCGGCUUUCCUGUCAAAUCAUGAUGCGGUCGGUUCAGAUGCGGUUCCUGCAUCUUGACAAAAUAUAUAUCCAGGUGCGCCUAACAUAUUUUGCACGACUCAUCUCGAUCCCUCCACUUUACCAAGCGAAAGAACUUCCAACGAACGACUUCCAUCUUCACAAUGCGUCUUCAAUUCCUUGUCUCUUCCCUACUGGCCUGGACUGCUGCAGCAGCACCUCUCCAAGCCCGCGACCUCAUCAGCGCUGCGACACUCAUCUCCGACAUCAAAGGCAUUGACGACGGUGUCAAUGCCCUGACAGCGUCCAUCCAAGCCUACAACGGUGGUCUGAUCGCCGAACUGCCCAUCGGCGCAGACAUUGCCGCCAUUCACAUUGCAAACCGCAAGGGCUACGUUGAUGCCAACCUUCGAGCUACGCCUUUCAACGCCGAAGACUCGACUGCGAUUGUCGAGUACACCGCUUCAAGUGUUGGUGUUGACAUUCCCGCCUCUGUCGAUUUGCUCAAGUCAAAGUACGACGUCUUUGCGAACCAGAAGCUCGUGAUUCUUGCUGGCUUGAAGCUGUUGAAGAACGACCAUGAUACAUUUUCGGCUGCAUUGGUAUCCAAGAUUACUGCCGACAAGGAGAAUGGAUACGCUGCUGUUGCUGUGAUUGAUGAUGCUUUGCAAAGUGCUAUUGAUCUAUACUCUGCGUAGAAUAUACAUGGAAGAAUAAGACAGUUUUCCAGAAUCUGGUGCACAAUUUUUAUGUACAACGCAGUGAUUUGUUCUUGCCUUUGCUUGGCAGGGUCAUGAAACGUGUGUGAGGUCCUGAAACAGGAUCAGGGUGAUACCCCAUACCAGUGCUCGCGCCUGACGAUGUUGAUUUUCUCGUCGACGACAUGGACUUUCAUAACAAGUAAUGUGCUGGAUCAUUCCUCUUGUGUUUCUCGUCGACAGUAAUACGUAUCAUCGUGUUGUGUCGCCCACGUUGUUGCCAAUGUCAAAAGAUGACAUCUGAAAUCUCGAAUUUUGAGAAGUGACGUGAUACGCGUUCAGAGUUGAGUGUGAAAUGCACUCAAGAGCAGAUGGCUUGGGAUCAUUUGCCAUGAGGUCAUUCAGCGAUUGAAGUUGAUCUCACAGCGAUGGAUGAUCUUCCACCGACGUUUUCAC